AUGCUGGCAUCAGUAGAGCUUUCCCCUGGCGAUGCCCGUCAGAGCGAGCACGUGCAGCCGCGAGCCGCUUCAGGUGCGAUUGCAGCAUCUGCUGUAAAUGCGGCAAUUUUCAGUGAUACGCCUUUCCCACUGAGUGAUAUGGACCCUGCCGCGUCACCAUCACAAUCCCCAUUGAAAACCGCCACCCCCGCACGUCCUGUUAUGGGAGUUGCGCUGAUGGUGGCGCUACUCGUUACUAUCUUCUUGGUCUUAAGAUGCGUCUACCACCUUUCAACAGUAUCAAAUGCAUUUAAAGGAACAAAAGGACGCCGUAUUUCAGAUCAUGGAUUACCUAACAACCCCUGCGAACUGCCGCAACAAGACCAGCAACGCCGACAGGAUCCGCAGCAAGAAGUUGCUGGCGCAGCCGUUGCUAUUCCAGAGGCAAGCGUAGGCCCGCAUUCUGUAGAAGGUGCUGCAGGAUUAGCGCCAACACCGCCCCCUGUUCAAGAUUAUCCUCUCGCCACUCAUUUAGAUCUGAUCGACGUUCACGACAAGUCCACUUCGAUGGAGGUGUGGAUGCUUCAAGUAGAAGCUACAGAAGCUGGAGUUGGUAAGGGAUGCAAAUUUUUUGACGCCAAAACUCCUGAUUUGCUGCUUGAAGGUGUUAAGCUCGUAGGUGGCCUUCAAGUAGUGGAUUUCUCAGAAGAGGUUAACGAAGGCGAGCGGCGGCAAUUCAUGGUUACCCUAGGUCAGUGUAAAGACCGUGUGGAACGUCUUGUUGGACAAUCAAAAUGCCAUUGGAUUGAUCUUUGCAAUGCGCAAGCAAGCCUCCUCAAGUCUAAUGCUGACAGAGUCUCGGUCUACCUGCAAAAGGUGCACGGUCCACAUCCCGUUAGCCCAGAAGACCCUGCAGUUGGGGCGAUGAUGGAUUUGAGAAAAACAAUAAAUAGUGCAACGAAAGUAUGCGAAGACGCAGAGGUCAUUUUCACUGCUUUUCCUGAAGUCUCUAAUCUUGGGAGCGCCCUGAGCAGUCUAUCCUCAGGCAUACAUGAAGCAGAAAGUCUCCUGAUGGGGGCGGCUGAUGCCUGCGCAAAGGCCUGGACGGAACAACUCACUCUCCUACGCCAAAUGUUGCAAGGAGAGGGAGAUGAGCCCAGGCAAAGAUUGUCGGAUGGAAUUCAGACUGCGAAGGAAACCUUGCGACUACUGCGAUCUAUUUCGGGGACUACUCCAAAGUGA